GCGACAAACUUUUCUACUUACUUAGUUUAACUCUUCUAUGUACUCCGAGUAUAUCCAUUAAUUUUUUUGUUGAUCAUCUUUCUGAAUGUCUGUCGCUCGCUUAGCCCAAUCAAUAUGCUUGUCCCGAUUGCGGCGAUUAGUCAGAAGAGAUAACAAGCCCUGAUAGUAGCUACUCUAAUAAAUGGGUGCCCGGAACCGUGUUCAAUGUAUGUCAUACCAUGAACAUGAACAGCACCCCGCCACGGCCUUUGAGCCUGCCGGCUCCCUGCCACGCGGCACAGUGGUGGCCACUCAGCAACCAAUUGAUGACUCUCUGAAAGUUGGCUGGCAGCCGAUGCAAGUUCGCUGCCCCUCCUGCCACGGUGAGGUGCAGACCAACCUCAUUACCGCCUCCACAAAGACCACCCAUCUGUGCGUGCUAUAUAUAUACAUACAUAUACAUACAGUAUACAUUUGCUGCCUCUGGCCUUGCGCCGUCUUGCCCUACUGCUUCAACUACUGCAAGAAUGUCCGGCAUUACUGCCCCAAUUGUGGAAACUACGUAGGAACCUAUUCGAUCUGAUAUGAUUCAAAAUAAACAGUCAGUGAAAGCUUUCGCUGUUGAAAGCUCUGCCAAAACGAA